GUAAGUCUCUCUCUCUCCUCUCACUUCUUUCGUUAUUAGAUUUUUUGUUUUUGUUUUGGUUGGCAUUGGAAGCGAUAUAUGGAAGCUCUGGAUCUAGGGUUUUCCAAAUAGAUUUUGGUAGUUCUUAUUCUCUACUCAGUCGAGGGUUUUUCUAGGGUUUCAACCCCCAAUUGACGUUGAGGAAGAUAUCUUCUCAGUGACUUUGAUAUUGAUUUUGAUCGAGGGAGAAAGAAGGAACUUAGACCAAUUGCGAAAUUUCAUUUGGGUAAGCAUACGUGUGCAAUUCAGAGGAAUCCAUCAUCGGAUUUGAUUUGGCAAUCGCAUCUUUGUGAUUCUUUUUUCGGCGAAUUGUGGUACUGGCUCGAUAGCAAGGAGGGUUGACUGUGGAAAAGGAUUGAUUCUCAUUGUUGAAGCUAUCUGCAAGAAUUUUUGGACCAGAAUCAAUAAAAGUAUACUCGCUUGAAUAUUUUUUUAGUUCGUUCUGUAUUCUAGUUCGAGUCUUUUAAAACCAAGAAUUUGAUGGCUGAUAUUAAAUAAUGGGUAAAGCACGGAAACACUCUGGAGUGAAAUCAUCGGGAUUUGUUCCUGAUUACUUGCAAAUGGUUGAGCCUGAUGACUUUGCUUACGCAGGCAGAAUUGAUUCUCAGAUGAAACAUUCAGAGGAGUCUCCUCCAUUGAAAAGGAGACGUUUUGGUUUGAAUGGAGAUAGCCAUGGUGUUCGCAAAGAGGUUUUGUCUUUGUCAACGAUGUCGACAUCUGAGAGAAAGAAUUUAGUUCACAAGUUGAAGAUGGAGCUUCAACAGGUCAGGGACCUUAGUAAGAAGAUUGCAUGUUUCAGUUCAGACACUGUGCUGUUGUCACCAUACAACGAUAUUCAAAGUUGCAGUGAUGGGCCUAAGAGGAUGCCACCAGAAAACUUUGCUACAUUUCCUGGGUCACAGGGGAAAAAGCGUCCUCCUGUACGCAAUGAUAAGCAGCGGACUAAGAAAGGUCCAUCUCGAUUAGAUGUCCCAAUAAGUUCUACACUUGCUUCAGUGAUGAAGGAGUGUGAAACGUUACUCAAUCGUUUGUGGUCACAUAAAUUGGGGUGGCCAUUUCGUACUCCAGUUGAUCCUGUGAUGUUGAAUAUUCCAGACUAUUUCACUGUGAUCAAGCAUCCAAUGGAUCUUGGAACGAUACGAAGCAGGCUGCGUAAAGGUGAAUAUUCCAGUCCUUUGGACUUCGCAGCAGAUGUGCGUCUUACAUUUUCAAAUUCUAUAGCUUACAAUCCACCAGGAAAUCGGUAUCAUGUUAUGGCCCAAGGCAUCAGUAAAUAUUUUGAAACGGGAUGGAAAAGUAUAGAGAAAAAAAUACAUGUGACUAAACCACCAGUCAUUCCUGUAACCAGUUCUGCAUCUCUAGAGUCUGAAAUCCCUUUUGAAGCUGCACCAUUGAGAAAGAAAGCAGUGACGAUGAACGAGAGCAAAUUGAGGGUGGAACCGGUUAAGUUGGUCAUGACAGAUGGUGAGAAGAAAAAAUUAAGCCAAGAUUUGAUGGCAGCAGAAGAAGAUAUCCCACAAAACAUUGUUGAUCUCCUGAGAGAGCAAAGUGGAAGUAAUGGUCAAUCUGGAGAAGUUGAGAUUGAGAUAGAUAUAGAAACGCUUUCUGAUGACAUCUUGUUCAUGGUUCGUAAACUCCUGGAUGACUAUUUAAGGGAGAAAAAUAAAUCAUUGGAAAAGAGCGAACCUUGUGAGAUGGAGAUCGUUCAUGACUCUGGGUUCAGUAAUUCGCCUCCGCAGCCUAGUAAAGGUGAUCUGCAAAUUGACGAGGAUGUUGACAUUAUUGGUGGGAAUGACCCCUCUGUUUCAAGCCAUCCUCCCCUUAAGAUAGAAAAAGAUCCUGCAUGUAGAAAUAAUGAAAGCAGCAGUUCAAGUAGCUCUAGUAGUGAAUCAGGCUCUUCAUCUAGUGAUUCUGGUUCUUGUAGUUCCUCUGGGAGUGAAACAGAUUCCAUUAAAGCUUCAAAACCUACAAGUAGAGAGGGUAAAAAGGAACCAGGAGUUGGAUUAAACAGAAAGGAGGACGAUAGCAACAAUGAGAAGAUAGUUGUAAAUGAUUCUUUGAAUGAAUUUGGUAAACUUGGGCAUGCUGGUGGGGAAAAGUCGACCGUCAUGGAUACACUAGCUGUCUUUCCAGAUGAGGAGACUGCUCCACCUGGGAUGCAAAUUUCCCCAGAUAAGCGUUACCGUGCGGCUUUCUUGAAGAAUCGUUUUGCUGAUACCAUUAUGAAAGCUCGAGAGAAGGCUCUUACCAAGGGUGAAAAAGGGGAUCCUGAAAAAUUGAGGAUAGAAAGAGAGGAGUUUGAAAAACGGCUAAAAGAAGAAAAAGUACGGUUACAAGCCGAGGCCAAAACAGUUGAGGAGGCUAGGCGAAAAGCCAAAGCAGAAGCUGUAGAAAAAGCGAGGAAGGAAAGGGAGCAAGAGAGAGAAGCUGCACGUCAAGCUUUACAAAAGAUGGAGAAGACAGUGGAGAUAAACGAAGGCAUACGGUUUAUGGAAGACCUUCAGAUGCUUAGAUCCUCAGGUGCCGAGGGUAAUCAAUUACCAACUUCCAUGGAAGAGAAGAGUCCUAAUUGUAGUGAGGAUAUGUUGGGUAGUUUCAAGAUGGAAGGCAGCAAUAAUCCAUUGGCACAUCUAGGUCUGUAUAUGAAAAUGGAUGAUGAUGAGGAUGAAGAAGAAGACCUGCCUCACUUAAGCCAAAGAGAAGUAGAAGACCUUCUUGUUGACAGAAGUGAAAAACAGGAACUUAGUCCUCUCAGAGAAGAGAAAGAGGAACAACUUGUUAGCGGAAAUGAAGAAUUGGUCAGCCAUAAGGCACGUGAUGAAGGGAACCGAGAAAAUGAAAAACCCAUCAACAACUCAAAUGAAAGAGAAGAACAUGUGGGGAAUGUGGCAGAACAAGAAAGUGAGGUUGUUGACAAGGAAGAGCAAGAACCUGAAGUAGUCGACAUGAGAGAGCAAGAAAAUGAAGUUGUUGACAUGGGAGUGGAAGAAGAACAUUCUCUCGACAGAAGUGAAGGACGUACACUAAGUCCUCACAGAAAAGAGGGAGAGGACCAACUCGUUAGCGAAGAAGUACAAGAUCAUGGGAACCAAGAAGAUGAAAAACCCGAGAGAGAGGAACUAGUGGGGAAUGUCCUGGAGCAAGAGAGUAGCUUUGAUGACAAAGCAGGGCGAGAAACUGAAGUUUUCGACAUGGGAGGGCGAGAAAAUGAAGUUGUUGACAAGGGAGUAGAAGAAGAACCGCCCCUUGAGAGAAGUGAACAACAAAUACUUAGUUCACACAGAGAAGAGGGAGAGGACCAGCGCGUUGGUGGAAAUGAAGAACUGGUAAGACAAAAGAUGCAAGAUAAUGAGAACCAAGAAUAUGAAAAACCCAUCAACCAAAAUGCAAGAAAAGAAAAAGUGGUGAAUAUGUCAGAGCAAGAAAGUAGAGUUACUGAAAAGGAAGAGCAAGAAACUGAAGUUGUCGGCAUGGGAGAGCAGACAAGCGAAGUUGUCGAAAAGGGGGUGGAAGAAAAUGAAGUUGGUGACAAGGGAGUGCAAGAAAAUGAAGUUGUGGACAAUGGAUGGGAAGAAACUGAAGUUGUCGACAAUGGAGAGGAUGAUGAAACUGAAGUUGUUUACAAGGGAGAGGGUAAUGAAAGUAAAGUUGUCGACAAGGUAGCAGAGCAAAAAAAUUACCUUGUGGAUAAGGGAGAUGAAGAAACAGAAGAUAUGGACGUAGAAAUUGAUUGAUAAGUCUUUUGUUCGGGUCUUGUUAAAAGCAACAUGAAGAAAAGAAAAAAGUGAGGGGGAUGUUGCGCGUUGAUUCUUAUAUGUGAUAUGGCGUAAAAUGGGAUAAAGCAAGCAAAAGAAAGGGAAAGCGAUAGACAUCGAGAAGACUUCCAUACUAACAUCACUAUAGAAGGGAGAGGAGAGUCUGUUUUGCCUAGUUUUAAACCUGACUCUGUUGACAAUGAAUCUAAAUUGAUGAAGAACAAAACAAUUUUGCUUACAGAAAGAUAAUGUCUAAAAGCUUGGUUUAACAUUAAAGCAGCAAAUUGAGUCUAUGUUGAAAUUUGUAAA